CAUCUAGAGGUACCGUUUGUCAAGACAAGUCGGAGCAGUCGAGGGGUGAAAACAAUUGAGAACCGUCGAGAGUAAAUUUUGGCGGGCGCCCGUUCGAUUUCGUUAUCACGACGUGAGCGAGAAUGCAGAAGCGUGGCAGUGUCUCCAAAGGCGAGAAUAGGACCGUUCGGCCGACGAGCGAAGGGGCGGCGGCGGUCACGGAAAAGGAGAGGCUGCUGCGAGAGGUACAGGAGCUGAGAUGCAUUAUCAAGCAGUGCGAGUGGAGUCUGCAGACGGUGCGCUUCAAGGACGUGAAGCAACGCGUGACCGACAGGGUCCUGCGAGACCUGGUGGCCCCCCCGCGCCUCGGCAGGAUGCCGAACGUCGACGUCGAUCUGCAGAGCGAUCUGUACAGGUUCGCCGGCUUCCGCUGCAUCAAGUUCCAGAGGAACGAGCUCGUGUUCAGCUUCACGUCGACGAACGGGGAGCAGAGGGACAACGCUCACGCGGUGCAGAUCUUCGUCAAGGACGGGAAGGGCAAUCUGGGCAAGUGGGUGAUGCCGAUGUCGAUCGACAUGAACGAUAUAUUGUCCGAGACGCCUAUCGACCAAUUGAAAAAUGUGACCGCCUUUAUAAAGAACUGCAAGCACAACGCCGACUGCUACGCUGUGCGGCGGGAGCAGUUUCUGUCGCUGAAGGAAUCUACCUCGCGUAUGAAGCAUUGCACUCUACAGUCCGACAUGGGAUUCAAGCAACUCAGCUUGGAACUGUGCGGCGUGCACGACAUCGAAAGUGACAGCUAUAUAAAUGUAAUAAUAUACCUGUUGUAUCACUCCGACAAAGCGAGACCUCACAAAAUUGAUGUUGACUCAACGAACGGAAGGAAGUUGAGCGACGAUACAAGACAGAGAUUAAAGGCAUGCCUGAAGGAGUUCAAAAUAUCGGACUUACAAACUGCAUUUGACAAGGUCCUAGAAGACAAUUCUACAUUUACAUGGGUGCAGACGGAGGACAGUGAAAGUCCAUUGGAGUUGAAUGACACUAGCAUCUCUGACGAAGAAAGCUUCUUGACUAAACUGCAGUCAGAUCGAAAGAGAGCGUCGAGAAGGCUGAAGAGAAAAAGUGAAUUGCAAAAGAAGUGGAAUAAGAGGAAAAGGCAGAAAAACGUUGCAAAUAUUAAAUCGUCGGAAGACGAUCAAGAGGACAGUCGCUCAAGAGCGGAAGUGUCGCGCGCUGAAAGUCAACGGCGAGUUCCGAUGAGGGGGAAGGAAACGAAGAAGGCUACGUUCAUCUCGAAACGAAGGAAGUCUAAUAAAACUCUGCUGGAAGAAGCAACGCCGGUGCACAAAUCUAAAGUUUUGAAGCAGACAAAAUUAAAUUUCCAAGCUCGUGAGGCUACGAAUUCUAACGCGAACGAAUCUUUCUUUGAAUCAAAACUGUGUAGCAGACCUGACGGUCCGAGCAAACGGCCCAUGACCGCCGAGGUAUUCGCUACGAGCGGCAAACCAUUCACCAGCACUCCAUUACGCGUCAACCUAACAAGGCUACCCUUGUCACCUAAUCUAGAGAAUAAUGAUCUUACAUCUAUUGAAACGACCAAGAAAACGGCAAAUAAAUUAGGUAACUCUAAGAAUGGUCGGCCAGGCAAUAAGCAGACUCCAGAGAGAAGUGAUCGGUCAUUACCGCAUAGCGCCAAGACCACUAGAUUAUCUUCACGGAUCUCGAGGACAAAACGCCUUACGAGAAGUAUGAUAAGCAAUUAAGGCAGUAAAACAAAUGACAUAAGAUACAUAAAUAUAUCGUCGGAAGACUAUCAAGAGGACAGUCACUCGAAAGCGAGAGAUUCGCGCACUGAAGGUCCACGGCGAGUCUCGAUAACGGAGAGGAAAACGGAGAAGGCUGCGUUUAUCUCGAAACAAAGGGACAUUAAUAAAGAUCUGCCGGGAGUGAAACAGAUGGUGUAAGAUAUGUAAAUAUAUGUAGGAGAGAUAUAUGUACUUUUUUGUGCGUUCGUA